AAGGUGAGAAGGUUGAUGGAGCAGCGACUCAAUCUUACUGUUGAAGAAAUAUUUGGAGUGUUGGAAAGAACCGUAGCAGAGUACCAGGAGGAACUUUCUAGGACAAAGGAGGAGAACAAACGUCUACAAGAACUACUGGACGCUGUUUUCAAACCUCAAGUUGUGCUACACAGAGCAGUGAAAAAGGUGGUGGUCAACCAAGCCAAGAUGGCUGUUGUGCAGCAACCUGUGAGCCAACUCUCUUUGAGGACACAAAGGGCCGAGAUCAGGGCUGUCAAACAUAGGUCCCACGGGCCGGAUAAGGCCCUCCUGUUCUACAAGAUGGUGAAGGAGGAGCCUCAACCCUCUUACUUGAAAGAGGAAGGCAAGGACCCACUCUUCCUCCAUUUUAAAGAGGAAGAGGAGAGAAACUUUCUGCUGCUCUUCCUGCGGCCACAAAGAGCGGUCCUAGUGCCCUCCAUGUAUCCUAACCGCCAUUCAACAAACAAAGAAGACGAGCGACGAAGCCAAUCCACAACCCCCCCCCCCACACACAUUAAAGAGGAAGAGGAGGAUCCACAGCCCCCCCACAUGAAAGAGGAAGAGGAGGAAGUGUGGAUGAGUCAGGAGGGAGAGUGUCCUGUAGGGCAGGAGGAGGCUGAUGUCAGCAAGUUUCCACUGACUGUUGUCUCUGUGAAGACUGAAGAGCAUGAAGACAAACCACCUGAGUCCUCACAGCUUCAUCACAGUCCAAACGUCCAGCAGGUGUCAGCAGAGAGUCAUGAAGAGAUUCCCUCCAAGCAGCAGGAGUGGAGCUCCAGUGUGGGACAGAAGGAGCGACAGGCCCCCUCCCACAUUAAAGAAGAAGAGGAGGAACUGUGGAAGCAGCUUCAAAUGUUGGUGGAGGAUAAUGAUGAAGAUGAGGCUCAGUCCUUACAGCUUCACCACAGUCAAAGUGAGGAGAACAGAGGGGCGGAGCUUGUAAGUCAACACAUCACAGAAGCUGAUGGAGAGCAUUGUGAAGAUAUAAAGUCAGAACCAGACAGCAUUUUUGCUCCACUGUCAGACAUGGACCACAUGAUGUCACACUCUUCUGAUCACAGUGACCACAUCCAAAAACCUUUGGAGAGUAAAAACGACUCUAAAGGUGAUACGAGACAUCACACUAACAACAAACACUUUGACUGCUCUGAAUGUGGGAAAUCAUUUAGACACAAGAGUAAUUUUACAGUACACAUGAGAAUACAUACUGGAGAGAAACCUUUUACUUGCUCUGUUUGUAAGAAGAGUUUCUCCACAAAGCGUAACAUGACCACACACAUGAGAACACAUACUGGAGAGAAACCUUUUACUUGCUCUGUUUGUAAGAAGAGUUUCUCCACAAAGCAACACAUGACGAUACACGUGGGAAAACACACUGGAGAGAAACCUUUUACUUGUUUUGUUUGUAAGAAGAGUUUCUCCACAAAGCGUAACAUGACCACACACAUGAGAACACAUACUGGAGAGAAACCUUUUACUUGCUCUGUUUGUAAGAAGAGUUUCUCCAGAAAGCUUGACAUGACCACACACAUGAGAACACACACUGGAGAGAAACCUUUUAUUUGCUCUGUUUGUAAGAAGAGUUUCUCCAUGAAGCUUGCCAUGACCAUACACAUGAGAAAACAUACUGGGGAGAAACCUUUUAUUUGCUCUGUUUGUAACAGGAGUUUCUCCAGAAAGUUUGACAUGACCACACACAUGAGAAUACAUACGGGAGAGAAACCUUUUACUUGCACUGUUUGUAAGAAGAGUUUCACUAUAAAGACUGUCAUGACCAGACACAUGAGAAUACAUACUAGAGAGAAACCUUUUACUUGCUCUGUUUGUAAAAAGAGUUUCUCCAGAAAGCCUAACAUGUCCACGCACAUGAGAACACAUACCGGAGAGAAACCUUUUACUUGCUCUGUAUGUAAGAAGACUUUCUCCAGAAAACAAAACUUGACAGCACACAUGAGAACACACACUGGAGAGAAACCGUUCAGAUGAACUGUGUGUGAUAAGAUGUUCCGGGUUAAGUAUAAAGUCAGUAAACACAAGUGUGUAACAGUCACGGAAGCUGCAGGAAUUUAAAAACACUUAAACAGUGAUUGUGCAAAAUUUACUUUAUGAACACAGCAUGGUUAAUAUGAACGUAUAUUUGAUGUUGUAUGUAAUGCUUCUCAUCUUCUACUGUUAUAUGUUGUCCUGGAAUUACUUUUUAAAGGCCUACUGUAAUGAGAUUUUCUUAUUUAAACGGGGAUAGCAGGUC